GGUUCCCGCCGCGUGGGGCGCACGGCCGACCAGGACUCCCCUCGAGGGCGCGCAGGCUGCCGGGCGAAGGAGUCGGAGGUGGAGAAGGAGGAGGGGACGAAGGGGGCUGGGCAGGGGCCGGGGCCGCGCCAGCGGGAGCGACAUGCGAUUGGUGACCGAGCCGCACGGACGGACGGCGCGUCCGAGAUGCAGGUGAGCGAGAGGAUGCUGGCGGGGGGUGCGAGGAGCGUGCCCAGCCCCCUCCUGGCCUGCUGGCAGCCUAUUCUCCUGCUGGUGCUGGGCUCCGUGCUGUCUGGCUCAGCCACGGGCUGCCCACCACGCUGUGAGUGCUCUGCACAGGACCGCGCUGUGCUCUGCCACCGAAAGCGCUUUGUGGCCGUGCCCGAGGGCAUCCCCACUGAAACACGCCUGCUCGACCUGGGCAAGAACCGCAUUAAGACGCUCAACCAGGACGAGUUCGCCAGCUUCCCACACCUGGAGGAGCUGGAGCUCAAUGAGAACAUCGUGAGCACCGUGGAGCCCGGCGCCUUCAACAACCUCUUCAACCUGCGAACGCUGGGGCUGCGCAGCAACCGGCUCAAGCUCAUUCCCCUGGGCGUCUUCACCGGCCUCAGCAACUUGACCAAGCUGGAUAUCAGUGAGAACAAGAUUGUCAUCCUGCUGGACUACAUGUUCCAGGACCUGUACAACCUCAAGUCCUUGGAGGUCGGGGACAACGACCUUGUCUACAUCUCCCACCGCGCCUUCAGUGGCCUCAACAGCCUGGAGCAGCUGACACUGGAGAAAUGCAACCUGACCUCCAUCCCCACCGAGGCGCUGUCCCACCUGCAUGGGCUCAUCGUGCUGCGGCUGCGGCACCUCAACAUCAACGCCAUCCGGGACUACUCCUUCAAGAGGCUAUACCGGCUCAAGGUCCUGGAGAUCUCCCACUGGCCCUACCUAGACACCAUGACUCCCAACUGCCUCUACGGCCUCAACCUGACGUCCCUGUCCAUCACACACUGCAACCUGACCGCUGUGCCCUACCUGGCUGUGCGCCAUCUGGUCUACCUGCGCUUCCUCAACCUCUCCUACAACCCCAUUGGCACCAUUGAGGGCUCCAUGCUGCAUGAGCUCCUGAGGCUGCAGGAGAUCCAGCUGGUGGGUGGGCAGCUGGCCGUGGUGGAACCCUAUGCCUUCCGCGGCCUCAACUACCUGCGUGUGCUCAAUGUGUCCGGCAACCAGCUGACCACCCUGGAGGAGUCGGCCUUCCACUCGGUGGGCAACUUGGAGACACUCAUCCUGGACUCCAACCCGCUGGCCUGCGACUGUCGGCUCCUGUGGGUCUUCCGGCGCCGCUGGCGGCUCAAUUUUAAUCGGCAGCAGCCCACGUGCGCCACACCCGAGUUUGUGCAGGGCAAGGAGUUUAAGGACUUCCCUGAUGUGCUCCUGCCCAACUACUUUACCUGUCGCCGCGCCCGCAUCCGGGACCGCAAGGCCCAGCAGGUGUUCGUGGACGAGGGCCAUACAGUGCAGUUUGUAUGCCGGGCAGAUGGCGACCCGCCACCCGCCAUCCUGUGGCUCUCACCUCGCAAGCACCUGGUGUCAGCCAAGAGCAAUGGGCGGCUCACCGUCUUUCCUGAUGGCACCCUGGAGGUGCGUUAUGCCCAGGUGCAGGACAACGGCACGUACCUGUGCAUCGCAGCCAACGCAGGCGGCAACGACUCCAUGCCCGCCCACCUGCACGUGCGCAGCUACUCGCCUGACUGGCCACACCAGCCCAACAAGACCUUCGCCUUCAUCUCCAACCAGCCGGGCGAGGGAGAGGCCAACAGCACCCGCGCCACCGUGCCUUUCCCUUUCGACAUCAAGACCCUCAUCAUCGCCACCACCAUGGGCUUCAUUUCCUUCCUGGGUGUUGUGCUCUUCUGCCUGGUGCUGCUGUUUCUCUGGAGCCGGGGCAAAGGCAACACCAAGCACAACAUUGAGAUUGAGUAUGUGCCCCGCAAGUCAGAUGUGGGCAUCAGCUCGGCUGAUGCACCCCGCAAGUUCAACAUGAAGAUGAUCUGAGGAUGGACUGCGGGGUAGGGACCCCUGGACAUGUGGGUCAGGGGAAGGGGUCCAGCUGUUACCCCCUCGCUCCUGGCCCUCCUCGCCUCCUCCUCACUCCUCCACACACUCCUUUUCCCUCCUGGCCCAGGCUGGCUGCCCCCUGCCAUUCUUCACCACCGCCCUCUUCCUACCAGGACCUCAGAAAUCCAGGCCUGGGGACCCCAGCUUCACAGGGGCAUGCAGUGACACGGACUGGAUUGAGAGCCGGCUACCUGACACGUGGCAGAGUCAAUAAUUCAGUUUAAAAAAAAAAAGUUACGAACUUCCUCUGUAACUUGGGUUUCAAUAAUUAUGGAUUUUUAUGAAAACUUGAAAUAAUAAAAAGAGAAAAAAAAACUAUUUCCUAUAGCUAGUCGGAAUGCAAACUUUUGACGUCCUGAUUGCUCCAGGGCCUCCUUCCAACUCAGUUUCUUGUUUUCUUCUCCUCCUCCUCCUCCUCCUUUCUCUCUCUUCCCCUAUGGGGAGGGAUCACUCAGGAAAACAGGAAAGGAGGACCCAGCCCCUCCCUGCCACUCUGCCAGGCACGCUCAGGAGCAGCUGGGCCGCAGGUCUGGGCCAGCUUUGGGCUGGCCUUUUAUAGGGAGUGGGAGAUGGGGACAGGGCUGCCCGUGGAGUGGGGGCUGUUUGCUGGGCUGCCAGGUGGCACUGCCAUGGGGAGAUAGGGGCCAGCUCGGGGAUGGCAGAGACUCCAGACGGGGCUGGUGUCCUCCCAGGAGACAGCAUGGUCGGUGGAGAGGGUGGAGGGCCAGAGGCAGGCCUGAGCCCUAAGCCGUGGUCCUAGCUGUGCUGCUCACUUUACUGCGUGGCCUUGAGCCGCCCGCUGGCCUCUCUGGGCCGUGUCUCCCCAUCUGUACUGUGGGAACAUCCCCUGCCCUGCCUACCUCACAGGGCUGUUGUGAGGAUUGAUGAGAUGAUGUAUGUGAAACACUUUGUAACCUGUAAAGCGCUGUGCACAUGUGUGG